AUGGUCGGUCGUGUCUCAUUAGAUAUGUACAUCAAUGCUGCCAAUUCGAGCUUCAGAGUAAAAAUACAAUCAGGUGGUACUUGUUAUGCUCAUGCUGUUGUCACUGUAUUUUAUUUGGCAACGCGUCGAAUUGAAGAUCGGGAAAAUGGGGUAUCUGGCUUCGCUGAUAUCUGUCAACAACUGAUCAAUGCAUAUGGUGAAGAAGGUGCAAUUACUGAAAAUGUUCUGAAUAUAUGGCCUCCCAAAUACCGUCUACAUUACGAGAAAGUGAAUGAACUCGAUUCACGACAAGCAAUCAAUCAACGACGACCAGUCAAUUGUCCACAAGGUGUAUUGAAAAGUAAAGACUUAGGCCGAGCGGGACUCGGAGCAAAAUUAUCUGGACAUGCUGUUGUGCUGAUGAAGUGUGAUCCGAUCAGUUUAACAUUUAUUAACUCAUGGGGCACUGAGUUUGCAGAUAAAGAUGGUUUGAAGCCAAGUGAAAUUCGAGCAUUUCAAAGGAAGAGUAGUGAAACAGGACGAAAUCUGAUAGAAAAGCUACCACCAGGUAUUCAAAAUAUACCUUAUGAAUAUCCUCAUUGUCGUCGAUGUUCUGCCGUACGUACAUUCAUAAUACAUUUCUCGGAUGCAGAAUGUCCUACAUGCAAUCGAUAUUUCAAACCAACUCCAUUGGGACUCAACGUCACUGCCUAUACAUAUUAA